AUGAAUGAACCUGUAUUAAUUAGUAUUGAAAUACCAUAUAAUCUACAAAUAAUUAAUGGAAAGAAUAUUGAAAAGAAAGAUAUUAAUGAAUUUAUUAUUCCAUCUUCAAUUACUAAGUUAGGGAAUAGUUGUUUUAAAGAAUGUUAUUCAUUGUCAUCAAUUAAUAUACCAACAACAGUUAGUGAAUUGGGAUGGAAAUGUUUCAAAUGGUGUUCAUUAAAAUCAAUUAAUAUCCCAACAACAAUUACAAAAUUUGGCAAUUCUUGUUUUUAUAGAUGUGGAUGUACAGAAGAGCUAAAGAAAAAUGAAAGAAUACCAAGAGAUUGUUUUAAAAAAAUACAUUAUAGAAGUACAGAUGAAACAACAGAUGAAUAA